ACACGCCGUGGUAGCAUCAAUAUUAGCGCCUUACCCCACACACGCCGUGGUAGGCGGCAUCAUGUCAUUGACCACCGACGUCAAUGCAUUUAAGCGGCCCCGCAGAGGCUAUUACUGGACUUAUUACAUCAUUACAAGUUGUCAAGAGCUAGAGUCCGCCCUGGCGCAACCCUAUCCGGUGGUGCUCAUGUUCUGGGCGAGCUGGAACGUGCCAUGCAGGGUGAUGAUGAGACCGUUCAAGGCCAUGGCCGUGGCUAAGAGGAGGGCCGCCAUAUUCUGCCUGGUGGACGUCGACAAGUUUCAUGAUAUCGUGGAGGAGUGCCGAGUGGAGGCGCUGCCGACGUUCCUGCUACUCAAGCAGGGCGUGGAGAAGGGCAGAGUCGUUGGCGCCAAGGUGGGGGACCUCAACACCAUCAUCAUGGGCAACAUUUAAAUCGGAAAUCGGCAGAGGCACGCAGGUGCGGGGAGGUCCCAACUCCUAAGGAACGAACGCAUAACAGUUCGAUCGUGCCAUGGCUGCUUGCUUGCCCUGCCCAUGCCCCCGCCUAAUCCGUCCGUCCGGGAGCGAUUCAUGUAAACUAGAAGGGUUAGACGCGCUUUCAUGAGUCGUUGGUAUUGUUGGAUUUUCAUAAAAAUAUCUUUUUAUUUCAAAAUAUGAGGUGUAUUAGAUUUUUGAGAAGUCAAUACUAUUUAGGUUUGACCAGAUUUGUAGAGAAAUAUAACAAAUUAACAUCAUUACAUUCAUCA